AUGGCGUCGAUUGCUGCUUCGCUGCAGGCUUCGCUGCCGAAACCCAAAUACACAGGAGAGGAUGAGGAGGCGCCCACACGGACACAACAGCGAGGACCUCGCAUUGUCGGUGCCGGACAGAUUGACGAGACCCAGAUUGUGCUCAAGCGAUCAGGCCCUCCGGCGUAUGGACAGCGCGCGGGUUGGCGGCCACGGUCGCAAGAGGAUUUUGGCGAUGGCGGCGCUUUCCCCGAGAUCCCCGUGGCCCAGUAUCCCUUGGACAUGGGGAAGAAGAACGCGACAACGAGCAACGCUUUGACGGUGCAGGUGGAUGCAGAAGGCAAAGUCAGGUACGACGCGAUCGCUCGGCAAGGUCAUGGUCAAGGACGCAUCAUACACACGUCCUUUAAAGACCUCAUUCCCUUACGGCAGCGUGCCGAUGCUGGGGAGAUCGAUCUGUCUCGCCCGGACAAGGAUUCUGUCGCCGCAACGACCGAGAAGACCAAGAAUGCCCUCGCCGCGCUCGUGAGCGGGGCUGUCGCUGCGCAGCGACCCAAAAACAUCAAUGUAGGGCAGAGGAACGAUCCCACCUUUGUGCGGUACACGCCUGCCAGCCAGAUGGGCGACAACUCGAAGAAGCAAGACCGCAUCAUGAAGAUUGUCGAACGGCAGCGGGACCCGAUGGAACCGCCAAAGUUCAAGCACAAAAAGAUCCCUCGAGGCCCGCCGUCUCCCCCUCCGCCCGUGAUGCAUUCCCCGCCUCGAAAGCUCACGGCCGAGGACCAGGAGAUGUGGAAGAUCCCCCCGCCAGUGUCCAACUGGAAGAACCCAAAGGGCUUCACCGUUCCUCUGGACAAGCGUCUUGCCGCGGAUGGCCGUGGCUUGCAAGACAUCUCCAUCAACGAUAAGCAUGCCCAGUUUGCCGAAGCCGUCAAGAUGGCGGAGAGACAUGCGCGAGAGGAGGUUCAACAGAGGGCUCUGAUGCAGCAGAGGUUGGCUGAGAAGGAGAAGGCGCAAAAGGACGAAAAUCUCCGAGCACUUGCCCAAAAGGCUAGGGACGAACGUGCUGCUGCUGCUCCUGCUGGCGGUGGACGGGGACGGGGACGGGGAAGGGGACGCAGACGAUCACAAGAUUCGAGGGAUUCCAGAGACUCUAGAUACUCACGAUCAAGGAGCUACAGCGAGUCAGAGGCAUCCGACAGCGAAGAUUCGGAAAUUCGCGAACGCGAGAAAGCUCGGCGCGAAAAACACAAGGAGGAGGAGAGGAAACUCCGGCAGAAUCGCAUGGGUGCAGAACGGCGUAUGCAGGUCAUGGCGAGAGAACAAAACCGCGACAUAUCGGAGAAGAUUGCGCUAGGCCUUGCGAAGCCAACCCAGUCAAAAGAGACAAUGUACGACUCGAGGCUGUUCAACCAAACCAGCGGCUUCGACAGCGGCUUCAACGAAGAUAACCAUUACGACAAACCUUUAUUUGCCGCCCAGGACGCCAUUAGCAGCAUUUACAGACCACGCGCGAACGACGAGGAGGACGACCCUGAAGCAGGCGACAAGGAGAUGGCCAAGAUUCAGAAAGCAAGCCGAUUCGGAGAAGCGCUCGGUAAGGGGACUUUCAAGGGCGUCGGUGAUGCAGAGGCUCGAGAAGGCCCCGUGCAGUUUGAAAAAGACGCUGCUGAUCCAUUCAACGUGGACAAGUUUCUGUCAGAAGUCGAUCAAAGCUCCUCAUCAAAGAGGGGAUAUGGGCUGCAAGAGGAAGAAAGCCGCCAUUCCAAACGGCCGCGGGUAGACGACGAAGAGGAUUGA